AUGUCUACUCCAGGUGUUUUAGUACUUGCACCAGUUACUAGUCAAGAAUAUAAUGAAAUAUUAUCACCAGAUGCUUUAGAGUUUGUAGCAAAACUCCAUAGAGCUUUUAACCCUACAAGAAAAGCUUUACUUCAACGACGUAUUCUUAAACAACAGGAAUUAGAUCGUGUAAAUUUACGUGAUGCAAUCCGAAAAACAAUCACUUAUGUUAAUCCUGGCAAUAAUAAGAAAUAUGAAUUAAGAAAAGAUGGAAAGAUCGCUACAUUAAUUGUUCGUCCUCGUGGUUGGCAUUUAGAUGAAAAACAUGUUUUGGUUGACAAUGAACCACUAUCAGCAUCAAUCUUUGAUUUUGGUUUAUAUUUUUUCCAUAAUGCUAAAAAAUCUGUUGAAGUAGGUAUUGGACCUUAUUUCUAUUUACCUAAAAUGGAAUCACACUUGGAAGCAAGACUUUGGAAUGAUAUAUUUAAUGUCGCACAAGAUCUUAUUGGUAUUCCUCGAGGAACAAUCCGUGCCACUGUAUUGAUUGAAACAAUUCUUGCAGCCUUUGAAAUGGAUGAAAUAAUUUAUGAAUUGAGAGAACAUUCUGCUGGACUUAAUUGUGGUCGGUGGGAUUACAUCUUCUCCAUGAUCAAAAAAUUCAGAAACAAUCCAAACUUUGUUUUACCAAGUCGUUCAGAUGUCACAAUGACGGUUCCAUUCAUGGAUUCAUACGUACGUCUAUUGAUCAAGACAUGUCACCGUAGAGGUGUACAUGCAAUGGGUGGCAUGGCAGCACAAAUCCCUAUCAAAAAUGAUCCAGCAGCCAAUAAGAUUGCCAUGGACAAAGUCAGAGCUGAUAAACUUCGCGAAGUUAAGGCAGGACAUGAUGGAACUUGGGUUGCACAUCCUGAUCUUGUUAAAAUCGCAUUAGACGUGUUUGAUGAGCAUUUGAAAACACCAAAUCAAAUUUUUAUUAGACGUGAAGAUGUCAACGUUAAUGCAUUGGACUUGCUCAACACAAAUUUCCCUGGCUCAAUCACUGAAGCAAGUAUUCGCAACAACAUCUCAGUUGGUCUUACAUAUAUUGAAUCAUGGCUUCGUGGUUUGGGUUGUGUACCUAUUCAUAAUCUUAUGGAGGAUGCCGCAACCGCUGAAAUUUCAAGAUCUCAAUUAUGGCAAUGGGCUAGACAUCGUGCUAGAACUACUGAGGGUAAAGUUAUUACAGGUGAAUAUCUGCUUAAAUUGCUUGAUGAAGAAGUUGCAAACUUGGAAAGACAGUUUGGUCCCAAGAAAUUUGGUAGUACAAAGUAUAUUUUGGCAAAGCGAUAUUUGGCAAAUCAGAUCACUGGUAAAGAUUAUUCAGAUUUUAUCACUACUUUGUUAUAUGAUGAAAUUACAACUGUAAAUAAUAAUAUCAAAGCUAAACUUUAA